CUGUGUGUGUUUGCUUGUGUGACAAUGAUCUGUGGGGUUCCAGAAACACUGAUGGACACCAAGUGGGCCACUACAGAAUUAGCCUGGACUGCGCACCCUGAGACUGGGUGGGAAGAAGUGAGUGGCUAUGAUGAUGCCAUGAAUCCCAUCCGGACUUACCAAGUUUGUAAUGUAAGAGAGCUCAACCAGAAUAAUUGGCUACGUAGUGACUUCAUCCCAAGGAAGGAUGUGCUGCGAGUAUAUGUGGAGAUGAAAUUCACAGUGCGUGAUUGCAACAGCAUCCCAAACAUCCCAGGCUCCUGCAAAGAGACAUUCAACCUCUUCUACUACGAAUCUGACUCCGACUCAGCCACAGCAACCAGUCCGUUCUGGAUGGAAAAUCCAUACGUGAAAGUGGACACCAUUGCCCCAGAUACUAGCUUUUCCAAACUAGAUUCUGGACUGGUUAACACUAAAGUCAGAAGUUUUGGACCCUUGUCUAAAGCUGGGUUCUACUUGGCCUUCCAGGACCUUGGGGCUUGCAUGUCACUCAUCUCAGUGAGGGUUUUUUAUAAGAAGUGCUCAACAACAAUUGCACACUUCGCAGUUUUUCCAGAAACAGCAACUGGAGCUGAGGCAACCUCUUUGGUGAUUGCACCUGGAACCUGUGUCCCCAAUGCCUUGGAGGUGUCUGUGCCGCUAAAACUUUACUGUAAUGGAGAUGGCGAAUGGAUGGUUCCUGUGGGUGCCUGCACUUGCUCAGCUGGUUUUGAACCAGCCAUGAAGGAUACACAAUGCCAAGCUUGUAGCCCUGGCACCUUCAAGUACAAGCAAGGAGAAGGCUUCUGCUUACCUUGUCCCGCAAACAGCCGUGCCAGUUCAGGAGCAGCAAGUGUUUGCUCCUGUCGCAACGGAUACUACCGCUCAGACACAGACACACCUGACUCCCAAUGCACAACUGUUCCCUCCGCCCCACGUAAUGUCAUCUCCAGCGUGAAUGAAACCUCACUUGUCCUGGAGUGGAGUGAACCUCGGGAUCUGGGGGGGCGCGUUGACACCUUCUACAACGUCAUCUGUAAGAAGUGCCUGCCUGAAAGAGGAAUGUGUUCCCGCUGCGAUGACAACGUGGAUAUCUCGCCGCGCCACCUGGGUUUGACCCAGCGAAGAGUGACAGUCCGCAACCUUCAAGCCCAUACACAGUACAGCUUCGAGAUCCAGGCCGUCAAUGGAGUUUCGAACAAGAGCCCCUACACACCUCAGUUUUCCGCUGUAAACAUCACCACUAAUCAGGCCGCUCCGUCUGCAGUACCCACAGUUCACCUGAUGGCGGCCACAGCGAGCACAAUGAGUUUGUCCUGGCUGCCUCCAGAAAAACCCAACGGAAUCAUCUUGGAUUAUGAGAUUAAGUACCAUGAGAAGGGUGAAGCCAUCGCUCAUACAAUGACGGCCCAACGGAGCAACGCCCGCAUUGAAGGUCUCAAGGCUGGCACACCUUAUGUGGUGCAGGUCCGUGCACGAACAGUGGCUGGUUAUGGUCGUUAUAGCAGCCCAGCUGACUUCAGCACCAACCUUCAAACUGACCCACCGAAAUUGUGGCAGGAACAACUACCGCUCAUAGUCGGAUCAGCCACUGCAGUAUUUGUUUUCAUCAUUGCCGUUGUGGUCAUCGCCAUUGUCUGCCUCAGAAAGCAAAGAAAUGGUUCAGAGUCAGAAUACACUGAGAAACUUCAGCAGUACAUCACUCCGGGAAUGAAGGUCUACAUUGACCCCUUCACCUAUGAGGAUCCCAACGAAGCCGUGAGGGAGUUUGCCAAAGAGAUUGACGUCUCCUGUGUGAAGAUCGAGGAGGUCAUCGGCGCAGGAGAGUUUGGUGAAGUAUGCCGCGGUCGUCUCAAGCUGCCCGGCCGCCGUGAGAUCAUUGUUGCCAUCAAGACUCUCAAAGUGGGCUACACUGACCGACAGAGGAGAGACUUCCUCUCAGAAGCAUCCAUCAUGGGCCAGUUUGACCACCCCAAUAUAAUUCGCUUAGAAGGAGUGGUCACCAAGAGUCGACCUGUGAUGAUCGUUACCGAGUUCAUGGAAAAUGGGGCUCUGGAUUCAUUCCUAAGGCUCAAUGAUGGACAGUUCACAGUUAUUCAGCUCGUUGGCAUGCUGCGUGGCAUCGCAGCAGGCAUGAAGUACUUGUCAGAUAUGAAUUACGUACACAGAGACUUGGCUGCCCGUAACAUCCUGGUCAACAGUAACCUGGUAUGCAAGGUGUCUGACUUUGGGCUAUCUCGUUUCCUUGAGGACGACCCUACAGACCCUACCUACACAAGCUCUUUGGGAGGGAAGAUCCCUAUUCGAUGGACUGCACCAGAGGCAAUUGCCUACAGGAAGUUCACCUCAGCAAGUGACGUGUGGAGCUACGGCAUUGUCAUGUGGGAAGUAAUGUCAUAUGGAGAGCGGCCGUAUUGGGACAUGAGCAAUCAAGAUGUUAUAAAUGCAGUGGAGCAGGACUAUCGACUGCCCCCACCAAUGGACUGCCCCACAGCACUACACCAGCUCAUGUUAGACUGUUGGGUGAAAGAGCGCAACUUGCGGCCCAAAUUCACCCAAAUUGUUGCUACCCUGGAUAAACUAAUCCGCAAUGCUGCCAGUUUGAAAGUUGUCACUAACAGCACACAGUCUACUGGGGUAUCCCAACCCUUGCUUGACCGCUGCGUGCCAGACUAUACAACUUUCACCACUGUGGGAGACUGGCUGGACGCCAUCAAGAUGAGCCGCUACCAUGACAAUUUCAUCAAUGCCGGAUUUGCUUCCUUUGACCUGGUUGCCCAGAUGACAGCAGAGGACUUGCUGCGGAUAGGGGUUACAUUGGCUGGCCACCAGAAGAAAAUUCUAGGUAGCAUUCAGGACAUGAGACUACAGAUGAACCAAACGCUUCCUGUCCAGGUGUGA